CCACAGAGACCGGGGAUGCCACCUCGGCCGGGGAUGCCACAGAGACCUAUGAUGAACAGACCACCAGGACCAAUGCUUCCACCUAUCACAUCUGCAUACAAGAGGAAAUAUGAGGAUGAGGAAGAUGAGUAUGACUCAGAAAUGGAUGAUUUUAUUGAUGAUGGAGGUGAGGAGCAGGAGGAAAUUUCUAAGCACAUAAAGGAAAUCUUUGGCUAUGAUCGAACCAGAUACAGAGAUGAGAGUGACUAUGCACUAAAAUUCAUGGAGAGCAGCUGGAAAGAUUUGCAGAAAGAAGAAGCUAGGAGCCUGAGAAUGGCUGUGCAGGAGGAUCUGGAGGAGGAAAGAAGGGAGGAAGAUGAGCUGAAAAAAAACUGCAAGAGGAAAAAAAUGAACUGAGGCCUCAUUGUCGUUGAGAUGAAUAAAAGAAGAUCAUUUUCUUCAUUUUGCUGAAAGAUGCGACAAAGGGAUACACAAAACCCAGUGACUGUCCACUUUGGGUGCUUUGUCAUUGCUUCUCUCCCUGAGAUUAGAUAAAACCCAGCAUCAUCUCAAGAAAACUGGAGAGAAAGAAUUUUAGUAAAAGGAGGCCUGAAAAAGACAAUAUGCACAAAUUAAUCAGGCACUGGGAUUAAAGUUCUCACAUUCUCCUUUCUUAUUUAUUUUACCUGCUGAUUGCAGGGAUAUACCUACAGUCCCAUCUGUUUAAAAAAACAAAAAAGAUCGGCAUCGACGACUACAAUAAUGGAAAAGUGUGAUUGAUUUCUUUCUUUUUCCUCUUUUUUUUUUAAACGCUAACAUGAAAUGUUAUAUAAAUGAUGACAUGCUAUUUUUGAGGCGAAGUUGUUGCAUAUUUUUCCAGACUAACUUUUAUUGUAAACUCAGUAAAAUGCAGAUGACAUUACCAUUUGAUACUUUGUGUUUUUAUCUUUGGAAGAAUCUGACUGACAAUAAUGCAUUAAGGCUUUUGUUUAGUUUUAUGUCGGCAUUUUCAGAGUAUGACAAUCUAAAAGAGCUUUGUUUGGACUGCAACUGUAAUGCAGCAGGUAGUCAAUGUUUUGCUUUGUGUUUCUGUGGAAGAGAGAAAAAAUGAUUUUCUUCCCUAAAUUGUGUCGAGUAUUUUUAUUUUUUUAAGUUUAGUUUAUUUAAAGAAACUGGCAUGGUCAGUAUGUAAUGUUGUGCUCAUCCAGUCUGGUUAUGGCGUUACGUACCUUUUUGUACCUGCCAGUUUGCCGUAGUUGAUGUCACAAGUGGGCGGGAUCUGUCGCCCUGUGUCGCCUGACUACUCCUUAAAGUUUGCGGAAGUUUGUCUUUUAGAAUUUAAGUGGAAGCAAAGUCUCAGUCUGGUGGAAAUAAAAGGAAACGUGGAUUAUUUAUUUUUUUCGGGGAGUCGUGCUUUAAUAGAUGGACCUCACGUCAGAGAAAAUCCAGCGGAUUCUUUCGAAGUACAAAUUUCGUGAUGUUGCUGUUGAGGAGUUGGAGAAAAUCCAUCGAAUCUAUCCUGGGAUGAAACCUUCCACAGGCACAUACACAUUUAGUGACAGCACCCAAAAAGACCUCCUGAAAUUAACUGGCACCAUCCCGGUCCAAUAUGAAGGUCGCUCCUACAACUUCCCCAUUCAGCUGUGGCUGUUGGACUCCUUCCCCUUCACUCCUCCCAUAUGCCACCUGAAACCCACUUCUAACAUGGUCAUCAGAGAGGGCAAGCACGUUGAUGCCCGCGGACGUAUCCACCUACCUGGCCUUCACAACUGGGAUUAUCCAAAGUCAUCUGUGGUGGGUCUUCUGAAUGAGAUGGUUACCAAAUUUCAGGAAGACCCUCCAUUGUCCUCAAAGACCACACCAGACAACAAAGAUCCCCAUGAGCUCCUGGCGUUUGUCUCCAAUUUCCGUAUCAGUGAUGGUGGAAUCGGCCAUCAUGAUCAACCAAUCAACAAAGUCUCAGUUAUUGGGGGAGGAGAUUUAGGAAUGGCAUCAGUGAUGAGCAUUUUAUCCAAGUGUAAAGUGGAUAAACUGGUUUUCAUUGACGUUGCUGAGAGUUCCACCAAGGGUGGCAGUACAGAUCUGGAGAUUUUCAGUCUGCCAAAGGUUGAAGUAUCCAGAGACAUCUCAGCCUCUGCAGGCUCCAGGGUGGUCGUGGUGACUGCAAACGCAUGGAGCAGUGAACAGUCGUAUGUAACCGUGGUUCAGACCAACGUUGACUUGUAUAGAGGAAUAAUUCCCAAUCUGGCACGUCUCAGCCCUAGCGCCGUGAUGCUAAUUGCGUCACAACCAGUGGACAUCAUGACCCACGUUGCCUGGAGGCAGAGUGGCUUGCCUCCAACACAUGUGAUUGGAGCAGGGUGUAACCUGGACUCGGAGCGACUCAGUCAUGUCAUGGAUAUCAACCUGAACACACACAAACCAGCCUGGGUCAUAGGAGAACUUUCAGAUAACAAAAUUCCUGUGAUGAGUAACUCUGGGUUGAACUCCAAUGCAUCACCUGAGAUUGCCCAAGGAUCCAGCUCUACCAAACCACUGUUAGACAGAGCCUUUGAGAUCAUGAAAAAUCGAGGCCAGCGGUCAUGGUCGGUGGGUCUUUCUAUCGCCGACAUUACAAAUAGUGUCCUGACAGAUAAGAAGAAGGUGCACUCUGUCUCCACACUUGCUCAGGGUUGGGGUGGCAUAGCUGUAGAGGUGUUCCUCAGUCUGCCGUGCAUUAUGGGAGUAAACGGUUCAACACGCCUAGCUGGAGUGUCACUGGGACAAGAAGACGACUCCAAACUAAGGAACAGCGUUACCUCCCUUUCCAGCCUCAUGGCUCAACUUAGGAUAUGAAGGAUUCGAGUGGUGUGGGAGUAGCUGUGCUACUUACUACCCCAUCCUCAGUGGGUGGACUGUGUCUGUGCUGUCUGGGUUGCAUGCGGUUUCCCCUUGCACUAAAGUUUUAGGUUACAGACGUUACUUCUAUUUUGAAUUUAUAUAAACCUAAUCACAGCAUUUGUUCAUCCAUUCUCCUCACAGUGUAUAGCAAAUCAAUACUGUCAAUGUACAGACUGCAUUUUGUGUUUCAAGUAACCCUGUCUAUGACAAGCUGUUCAUUUGGUCUGGGUAUAAAUGACAAUUUGUCACAACCUGAUACAUGAAUGUACAGAAACUUUCUGCAAAAUCAUGUUGUCUUCAACAACAAAAGUUGAAGACAACAGUGCACUUUUACCUAAAAUGUAUGUUUGACCCACUCCAAUAGGAGAAAAAUGAGGGUGCCUGCAGAUAAAAUGUGAAGUACGAAUAUUAUACGUACUGCAGGAUGCUGGCAUUGAAUCAGUGGAUUAUGUUGGAAUGUUUUUAGUCUUCUUUCCUAUUUAAUAUUAGGGAGCUUCUAAAAGUGUACAUUUAAAUCUCUUGUGAGAUCUCAUUUACUUUGUAAGAAAAAACAACAACUUUAAACACCUUAAUUUUGAGGUAUAUACACUAUAUGAUACUGUGGGUGUGCAAUAAAUAUCUGAAAGCA